AUGCCACGAGCACCGCCUCCCACGGAAAGGGCAGCUGUCCUUUGCCACCAUCGUGACCAGCACCUUCAUGAUCGCAGUGGCGAUUGGGGCAACUUCAUUGCCCGGGCUGCUGAGGGCAGCGCCGGGGUCGGUUGCCUCGGUGGUACCGCGAUGCCCUCAGGUGCCACGUCGUCUUCCUCGGCUGCUUGGCAGAGCCCGUGUUGCCAAACUGAGGCGGUUGCGACUGACAUCAUCGGUUCAUGCGUGUUCCAGCAUCCCUCUGCGUCGCCUGCAUUCUGUAUGGCAUCCGUGGCACCUUCCCCUUCUCUGCCUUUUUCUCCUCCUCCCUCGAGUUCGAUGGCAAACUCAUCGCAAAGCGCGGUGCUGCCUGCCGCGUUGCCGGGCCACCUCUCGUCUUCACCCAACCCAGUGCCAGUCUCAAGCGGGGUGGACGCGAGGUCGUUGUCUUCUUGUACCAGUUCACCAAACUUACUGGAGCGCCGCAGCGUGACCGUCGCGCUGGAUGACCACCCGCUGGCGAGUGUGCCAACGGCGCUCGUAACGGAGUCGACGUGGACUGAAAAUCACACGCUGCCUUUGCGUGUCACGACGAAGGAUCGAACGGAUGACAGUUUAGACACACGCGCUGCAGCGCCGCCCCCGAUGUUGGUGCACGACUCUGAGUUCAAAUACCGCGUUGACGACGAGGAGAUGAAGUUGCUUGAUGACUUUAGCAGCGGUGGCGACAUGGCACGCACCUCCGUUGCAGCUGCAGCAUCGGUGGUAGGUGCUGCACGGGACACACCUUCCACGCCAGUGGAGAUGCCGUCGAUGAGUUUGCAGCAGCCGGUGAGUGCUCGACGCGGCAGUGGCGCCGCCAUCGUUUCCGUUCGACAGGUGAGCUCUGUUGCCGGUAACGGCGCUUGCGUGCCGUGCACAAGUGACAGCGGGGCGGCACUGACCACGGCCUCGACACUGUCCUCCCCGCCAAACGGUGAGAAGGCUGUGCUGCCAACGCCGUACCCAGUUACUUCAGCAUGUAGUGUGCAGGACUGGUCCUCGGUGCCACGGCUCGGGUUCCCGACCCCGAGUGAUCCGGCUGUGACGCAUGCCGAAGCUGCUUCGCAGCCCGCCCGGGACGAGGAGGAGCGCAAGCGAGAGGAUAAGUGGUACCGUCUGUGCCGCGGCGUCUCGCUUCUGGCGAGCGCCUCGCCAGAGGUAAUUGUGAAGCUGCGGGCCGUAGCGCGAGUGCGCGGAAUUCCGCAGCACCUGCGCGGCGUCAUGUGGCUCACCUUGACAGGUACGGCGCUCAAAGUGGACGAGAACGAGUACUUCUGCGCCAAGCUACUACGGCGCAACGGGUAUGUGACGGGGCCGAAUGCGGGCGCCAUCGCCGCUGAUGUACAGCGAACCUUCCCCGGUCACCCUUACUUCUCCGACAAAGAUGUAGGAGUAUACAAACUGACCAACGUCCUGCACGCGCUGUGCUGGCGCAACCCGCUGCUAAGCUACUGCCAGUCCUUCAACUUCCUGGCCGCUUUCCUGCUUCUCGUACUGGACGACGAAGAGCGCACGUUUUGGUUGCUCGUGCACAUCUUUGAGGAGCUCUUGCCCAACGACUUUUAUGGAGAAACACUGCUGGGAGCCAAUGUUGAGCAGGCUGUGCUGGAGCGUCUUGUGGAGAAGAAGCUACCUCGCGUAGCCGCAAGGUUCCGCGAGGCGGGUCUGCAAGUGAAGACGCUCGUUGCGAACUGGAUCAUGUCCUUGUUUGUGAACGUGUUCCCGAUGGCGACGGUGCUGCAUGUGUGGGACUACCUGUUUUGCCGCACGCCAAACCCCGGUGAGCGCACCCCCGCCCACCUCGAAAUCACACUUGCCACUUUGAAGUAUCUCGACGACGCGGGCCUCCUCAUCAGCGACGAUGCCGGCGAACUUCUUGUAACCCUGCGCCAGCAAACGGCUUGUCUCUACGACGCGGCGGCGCUGGUUCGCCUGGCCCAGUCGAUGUCUCUCACACCGAAGCAGCUGCACCAGCUGCGUCGACAAUGCAAGCCAGUUGUGGUGGAGCAGAUGAAAGCACGAGAGCAGGCUCGUGUGGCGCAGAUGGAGCGCCGCAUCGCGCAGGAGCUGCGCCGUGCGCACGAGAACGCGCUGGCCUCUGCCAAUGCCUCUUGA